AUGAAUAGAGUGUGGAGGUUCAUAGUACUCGAUACUAUAAGGUAUAGGAUAAAAAUGCUGCGUAUGCGAUUAGAAGAGAUGCCGGAAAGUGAUUAUUAUCUAUACGUUAAAGACAUGAAGACGUUGAAAAAAGAUAAAAUUCCCUUCUGUUUGCGUCUGUACAGAGAUAUUGCUGAUUUAUUGGACCUAAUUCUACCAGAAUUACAUGCACAGAUGUUUCUAAGCAUCAUUUGUGGUGUGCCAAAGCUUAUUUAUGAUGUAUAUAAAUCUCUUUUGGUGAUUGAAGGCAUGGAACCAUACACUUUAUUGAUAUUUUCAAUAAUGCAUAUAGUGCACGUGGCUUUUCUUCUUUUUUCUCCCUCAUUUGUUAUUGAGUUCUUUGGAGUGGAAGUGGACAGGAUCAGGUUGUUUUUGAUACAUCAAAUUAUUGAUAAUAAAGAUCAAAAAUGUAAGGAAGCUGCAAAAGUAUUCCUAGAAUACACAAAUAUAAGACCAUUCUCACAUAAGAUUUGGAGAUCUAUACCUGUUAAUAUUGCUUUGCCUCUGGAAAUUCUGAAUAUUUGCUAUUCUGCUGUUAUAGUCAUUAUUAAUUUUACACAUCUGUAUGGUUAA